AUGGGUCAGCCGACACACAUCAAAUGGUUCAACGGAAACGACUACACCGCUCCGUCCUUUGAUUACGCAAGCAACGGCUCACAGAGCGGGCCGAAGACCUGGCACGGAAACGAUCACUCGCUUGAAGGCCAGGCUCCAUCGUUUCACGCAGCGCCGGUUGGCUGGUCAGCGACGAUACCGCAAGCGCCGGGGGCUCGUUACCCAGACGCAUCAAACUCAUAUGGAAACGGAGACUGGGGCCACAGCACUGCGCCGUAUCGCGGGCGCACUGCAACCCAGGACGUGCACGGGCAUGACUCGUACGCGCAGAAGGGCACUCGCCCGAACAACUGGCGAGGUGCUCAGCCUCAGAGCCGGGCACGGUUCGCCAGCCGGGGCGAAACACGUGAUCGAAUGGGCAGCUUGGGGGCGAACCUCUCAGACAUUGACUGGACCCAGGCAAAUAAUCUAGACAAUCUUGUACCUUUUGAGCGGAAUUUUUAUCAGGAGCACCCCGAGGUGGCAGGCCGUUCACCGGAGCACGUCGCAUCGUUUCGGCAACGAAUGGAGAUCACUGUUCGGGGUAAAAAUGUACCGAAUCCUUGUGAGUCCUUUCUCGAGGCAGGCUUCCCGCCUGCGAUCGUCCAAUGUAUCCAGCGGGCCGGGUUCACAGCACCGACUGCUAUCCAGGCCCAGGCAUGGCCAGUCGCCUUGAAAGGACGCGAUCUCAUAGGCAUAGCGGAAACUGGCAGCGGCAAGACCUGCGCGUACCUGCUUCCGGCGCUUGUACAUAUUCACGGCCAGCCGCCACUGCGCCGUGGCGAUGGACCCAUCUGCCUGGUGCUCGCGCCGACGCGUGAACUCGCUGUCCAGAUCCAAACAGAAGCGACCAAGUUCGGCACGGCGUCUCGCAUCCGCAACGCCUGCGUCUAUGGCGGGGUGAGUCGCGGUCCGCAGGCACGUGAGCUGUCGCGGGGUAUUGAGAUCCUCAUUGCCACGCCGGGGCGCCUCAUCGAUUUUCUGGAGAGCGGCCGCACCAACCUCAGGCGCGUGACCUACCUGGUGCUCGAUGAAGCGGAUCGCAUGCUGGACAUGGGCUUUGAACCCCAGUUACGCAAGAUCGUUGGCCAGAUUCGUCCUGACCGCCAAACACUGAUGUUUACGGCCACGUGGCCCCGCCAGGUCCAAGUCAUCGCCCGUGAGUUUUUGACCGCGGGCGACUGGAUUCAAAUCAACAUCGGUGGGCUCGACCUCAGUGCCAACAAGAGCAUUCGGCAGGUGGUGCAGGUGCUCGAUGAGGACGAGAAACCCGAACGGCUCCAGUCUUUGUUGAAGACGUUGCUGAACGCUUCCGCCGACACCGAUUCGAACGCCAAGGUCCUCGUCUUCACAGAUACAAAGCGCAAAGCGGAUCAGCUAAGCCGUCGGUUGCAGCACUGGGGACUUGCAGCGCUUGCCCUGCACGGCGACAAGACGCAGAUGGAGCGCGAUCGGGCGAUUGGAUCUUUCCGUUCGGGGCAGGCGCGCUUGCUGGUUGCGACCGAUGUUGCGGCUCGCGGCCUCGACAUCAAGAACAUUUCCUAUGUUGUGAACUAUGAUUUUCCGGGAACCAUAGAGGAUUAUGUGCACCGUAUUGGACGGACAGGGCGCGCCGGCUCAACCGGAACCGCCUACUCCUUCUUCACACCGGCAAAUGCGCGCCUCGCAUCUGAACUGGUGCAGAUACUCGAGGAGUCCCAGAAUGAGGUGCCAGCGGAGCUGAACCAAUUCGUCAAUCGUCGGAAUCGAAAGCGGACGUACGAGCAUAGCUUUGGACGUGGUUAUGCGCGCAAUGGCGCUCGCUCGACUCGACGUCGGGGCUCAGCAGCAGGCUACGGUGCCUCGGGGGGCGGCUCGCGGUACAGAGGUGGAGCCGGGGAUCGCAGUCACGUGCGCGCUCACGAAAACGGCGCAUUUUAG